AUGUUCGGUACGAGUCAAAUGUUUCGAUAUUUCAUGGUGAUUGAUUCAAUGAUAACAGCCGCUUACUUAUCGAUGGCACUCGGCCGAGAAAGGCAUUGGAUAGUGCAUUGGAAUGGGCUCUAUCUCUGCAUGGAUCCGCUGCCAUGUUCCGGGGUUGCGCCAGAGGAUGCUGCUUUCAUGGAGCAGUUGAAACCCGAAGAGCGUUCCAGAUACAGGUGA